CAACCGCCGCUGAGCAAGAGGGCGGUGCUUAGACGGGUGGGUAGCAACAGUUGCCCCGGUGCGGACGAGGCGCCAUAGUCACGGUAGUCGUGGCGACAAGAACCCAGCAACGAGAAUCAACAACAACAAUUUGAACCAUUAAGAAAAUAAAACUCCGCGCCAAACUAAGAUCAUCCGGCGGGAAGCGACAGGGGGAUUUGGGCUGUUGUCGUCAUGGCAACUUCAGGCUACCCCGCUGAGGAGCUUCCGCCCUCCCAAUCACAAGGGGGCAACGUCACGACGGCCUCGUCGACCUCGUCAACCCAGCAGAAAGCCACUUCCACCACCACCUCAUCCCAGUUCCUCUCCGACAUCCAGAGCUCGCCGGGAUCCGCUCCUGCGCAGACGGCCUCUAUCAUAAGAGUGCAGGCCACGCCCCCUGUCACUCAAAAGAAAGCUGUUCUGGCCACGCCCCCUCAAGGAGUCGUGACAGCAGCGCAGUAUGAGGCAGGAGAGAUACAAAGCUCCGCCUCCCAGUACAUAGUGGUGACCGUCACCGAGGACUCACUUCACUCCAAUGACUCUGAAUCGAAUUCUCCUCCCGCGGGACAGACUGGCGUUCCCACACAGGUAGUGCAACAGGUGCAGACAGCACAGCAGAGGUCCGUGGUUCAGGCCACAACCAAGAGUCAAAGUGGACAACUGGGGGUCAGUAAUCUACACAUCACACCUGAGGUUCCUGUACAGCAUGUUUACCCGAGCCAGUUUGUGGAGGGAGACGCCAACUACAACAAUACUGCAAUUCGUUCCAGUAGUUACCAGUUCACAGACCCCUCCCUCUACUCCCAGGCCACGCCCUCUGUCACUUACUAUGAGACCUCGCCCACCACCGGCUCACAGGUCACGUCCCCCGCCAGCACUCAGCCUGUGUCUGUGACAUCCGGGAUGGGCACAGGGGUGGUCUCCAUGUUCUCAGAGGGCAGUUCGGGGAUCACCGUGGUGGCUGGCGGGUCCUCGUCAGGAGUGGGCGGGUCAGGGGGCGUGGUCACCAGCGGAGGGGUGGGGGGUUAUGUGAUUCAGGGCGGGUACAUGUUUGGUGGAGCCGGUGGAGGGAACCAAAAUUUCUCACACAACACGCGCGCAUCACCCGCGACUGUGCAGUGGCUGAUGGAUAACUACGAGACAGCUGAAGGUGUGAGUCUUCCUCGCUGUACCCUCUACUGUCAUUACCUCCUGCACUGCCAGCAGACCAAGCUGGAACCCGUGAACGCCGCCUCCUUUGGCAAACUCAUCCGCUCCGUGUUCAUGGGCCUCCGGACCAGACGUCUCGGCACCAGAGGGAACUCUAAGUACCAUUACUAUGGCCUUCGAAUCAAGAGCAACUCCCCCCUGCACAGACUGGUGGAGGACCAGCAACACCUGGCCAUGAGACAACAGCCGUACUCACAGAAACAGAGGAUAAAGCCUGUUCAUAAGCUGGAGGGACUGACCAAUGGAAUGGGCCUGGGGGUGGGGCAUCUACAAGGGGCGGGGCUAUCCGACAUCAGCGCCCAGGUUCACCAGUAUCAGCAGUUUUUAGAUGCGUCUCGCAGUCUGCCGGAGUUCCCUGAGCUCAAAGAUGAGGGUAAACCUCUGCCAGAUGGACUCCAUCCUCAACACGUACACACAUAUCAGCUGAUCUACAGAGAGCACUGUGAGGCGAUUCUGGACGUGAUGGUAAACCUGCAGUUCCCUCUUGUGGAGACGCUUUGGAAGAGUUUCUGGAGGUUCAGUGAAGGACAAAGCAGCGACACGGAUACACUCGACCUUCAUGAUGAAUCAGAGAAGCGUUUGCCCAAGUUGGUUCUGGUUCUGUUGUGUAAAUAUGAGCCCGUCCUCAACUGGGCUCGCGAAUGCGACAAUUUACUGUACCAAAGCCUAGUGGAGAUCCUCAUCCCUGAUGUCCUGAGACCAAUCCCCAGUGAGUUCUCACAACUCUACAUAUAUCUCUAUACACGCAGCUGCGUUCAAGGUGACCCGAGUUCGAUUCCCAUCUCCAGGUCCUUUGCCUAUCCCACCCCCCUCUCUCCACUCAAUGCUAUCCUGUCUGUCUUUAGUUGUUAUAUCGCCAUAAUCUCACAGUGUUUGUGUGUGUUUUGUAGUUCUGUGGUGAUCAGAGAUCUGACCCUGCGCAGUGCCGCCAGUUUCGGCUCGUUUCAUCUGAUCAGACUGCUGUAUGACGAGUACAUGUAUUACCUGAUCGAGCACAGAGUCGCACAGGCCAAAGGAGAGACGCCCAUCUCUGUCAUGGGAGAGUUCGCCUGUCUCAACAGAAGUCAAAGGUCAAUGGAUCCUGAUAAAGAUGAGGAGGAUGAGGAGGAGGACGAUGAGACCGAUGAGGAUCAGGACAUGGCUGUUCCUGGGGUUGUGGGGGAGGAGUCACUGGAGCCGCCCUCCAAACUCGCCCGAACGGAGCUCUACAACAGCAACACACCAAACUAACUUCAGCCUCUCGGACUGACGUUCAUUCACACUGACACUGUCAGUCUGUGCAAACAAGGACUCUGUAUGCUGAGCUCAUUUCCCUGGGAGCCAGUUUGGGAUCGAAAUACAAUCUUCAGUUUUGUUCAUUAUUAGGGGAAGUUCAGUUUCAGUUAAUUUCCUGGAAACACAGAGAAACUGAGCGAUCGUUUGAGUUUCCUGAGGUGAAUCAGCCCUCAGAGCUGCUGAAUGAUCUAACGAAGCUUUUCUAGAAAACGGUAACAUUCAUAUGCCUUAAGUAAGUGCACAAACACACACACACACAUUUUCAUUGCCUUCCCUUUGCAAAUCAAAGCUACCAUGUGUGUCGUGUCUCGACUCUUAAAGUUACAGUUCACCCAAAAUUAAAACCAUUUGCCCUCAAGUCAUUCCAAAGUCAUCUAUCUCCAAAA